UGCACGCCUGCAGCAGCCAAGUCCCCUCGCACACUUCUCGGUGCCUCCCACACCACUCGAUACAUUAGACCGUUGGUGACUUUCCAAUUUAAACUCUCCAUUUCCAUUUUACAGCCUCACCUUUCCGAGAAGGAGCACAGUGAAGAACAAAUAUGGCCGCAGCGGAUGGAAUCGUAAAUGAUUCACAAAUUCAAUCUGUUCAGAAGAAGGAAUGUGAAUAUGAACUGUUGAGGGAAGAGAGAAUAAAGGAAAAUCAGGAAAAAAUCAAAAAACUAGGUUUAGUUAGCCUCUCCCUCAGAUUCAAGUCGGUUAAGCCCCAUAAAUCUCCCAAAACUCCUAAGCCUAUUUCCCCUGUACCCUCUUCUCAACCCCCUCGUCGCUCUCUAAGGCUGCAAAAUGUCACACCCACCAACUACACUGAAACAUCAUUGGCAAAGAAAGCGAAAUGGUCAGAGUUGGAAGAUGAUUUGAUUGGAUCUAAAGAAGAAGUGUAUACGGAAGAACACGAGAAAUUGCUUGGCAGCACCGAAUUGGAUUGGACUCUAUUUGUGGAUGGAUAUGGAACUGAUGGGAAGCGGAUUUAUGAUCCAACCGAAGGGAAAACCUGUCAUCAGUGCCGGCAGAAAACUCUCGGUCUUCGUACUAAUUGCAGCAAAUGCAAAAUGUUGCAUGGACAGUUUUGUGGAGAUUGUUUGUAUAUGAGAUACGGAGAGCACGUGCUUGAGGCAAAUGAGAACGUGAAUUGGAUUUGCCCCGUCUGUCGUGGAAUAUGCAACUGCAGUUUCUGUCGACAAGCAAAGGGGUUUCCUCCCACAGGCCCUCUCUACAGGAAGAUCAAGAAAUUGGGUUACAAGUCGGUUGCACAUUAUCUCAUACAAACACGAAGACAGAAGAUAGCCCCUGAGAAUGAUUUGCCUGUGAAGACAAAAGAGAAAGAAGAGAAAGAAGAUAAAGAGGCAUGUUAGCACCAAUUGUAAUGCUAAUAGUGUGUCACUGACUUGGCCCCAAUCCACCUCCACUAAAACUGCCUAGCUUGUAUGAAAUGAAUGCUAAUUUUGUUCAGUUGGAAGCAGUACUCUUUCAUUAGUAAUCUCAAAUCUAUGAUCCGUAUUAGUUUGUAACCUACAAUAUUAUGUAUCAUAAGAUCAUUAGAUUUUUGUUGGAUCAUGGACCAUUAAAUUAUUCUUUCGUGGCAAAUUUUUAUUUUUCAUGGUGUUGUAUCUGGAAGACACUUGAUGACUUGGACGAUUAGCUAGAAAACAUGCAAUUUCUGUUUAAC